GCGCUCGUCACCCUGCCCUCCCGCGCCGCCCGGAAUAGCUCGGCGGAUGCACGGUGCUGCGGCCCGGAGGUGAAGGGCAGAUGCCCGAGGCAGGGGGGCCGCAGGGAACACCCGUGGCAGCAGCACUGGCGGCAGGUCGUCCAGCUGCACUUAGCAGCAUCGCCACAGCAACCAGGGACCAGACGGCCGCAGCCUAGGCAGAGGCGAGUGGACGGCGUCCCACCAUCAGGAGGACAGGAAAUGACUGCUGUGCAUCAGGCCAGGUGGCAGCCCGGGGAGGGGGAGUGUCACUAGAGGGAGGGCUCGGCCACCUCCCGCAGCAGGAGCGCCAUGCCGGCUGCAGAAGAGGUGCUGGGGCAGGGGCUGCAGCGGGGCUUGGCCUUGCCCCGCCACCCACACUGAGCGCUCAAGGGCAGCUGGGCCGCGUCUCCUGGGCACACCACCUGAGUCUGAGCAUCCCCUUCCCUCGGGGCAGAGGGAGAGGCCCCAGUCCCGUGCUCCUGUCUGCCCGCUGCUGCCAGACCAUGGGAUGUCGGCAAAGCUCAGAGGAGAAAGAGGCGGCGCGUCGGUCCCGGCGAAUCGACCGCCACCUGCGCUCCGAGAGCCAGCGGCAGCGCCGUGAGAUCAAGCUGCUCCUGCUGGGCACCAGCAACUCGGGCAAGAGCACCAUCGUGAAGCAGAUGAAGAUCAUCCACAGCGGCGGCUUCAACCUGGAGGCCUGCAAGGAGUACAAGCCGCUCAUCAUCUACAACGCCAUCGACUCGCUGACCCGCAUCAUCCGUGCCCUGGCUGCCCUCAAGAUCGACUUCCACAACCCCGACCGCGCCUACGACGCUGUGCAGCUCUUCGCAUUGACAGGCCCCGCCGAGAGCAAGGGAGAGAUCACUCCGGAGCUGCUGGGCGUCAUGCGGCGGCUGUGGGCCGACCCCGGGGCGCAGGCCUGCUUCGGGCGCUCUAGCGAGUACCACCUGGAGGACAACGCGGCCUACUACCUGAAUGACCUGGAGCGCAUUGCCGCCCCCGACUACAUCCCCACCGUCGAGGACAUCCUGCGCUCCCGGGACAUGACCACGGGCAUCGUGGAGAACAAGUUCACCUUCAAGGAGCUCACCUUCAAGAUGGUGGAUGUAGGUGGGCAGAGAUCGGAGCGCAAAAAGUGGAUCCACUGCUUCGAGGGUGUCACAGCCAUCAUCUUCUGCGUGGAGCUUAGUGGCUACGACCUGAAGCUCUAUGAGGACAACCAGACGAGUCGAAUGGCAGAGAGCCUGCGCCUGUUUGACUCCAUCUGCAACAACAACUGGUUCAUCAACACCUCACUCAUCCUCUUCCUGAACAAGAAGGACCUGCUGGCGGAGAAGAUCCGGCGCAUCCCGCUGGCCGUGUGCUUCCCUGAGUACAAGGGCCAGAACACCUACGAGGAGGCCGCCGUCUACAUCCAGCGGCAGUUCGAGGACCUGAACCGCAACAAGGAGACCAAGGAGAUUUACUCCCACUUCACCUGCGCCACUGACACUAGUAAUAUCCAGUUUGUCUUUGACGCAGUGACAGACGUCAUCAUACAGAACAAUCUCAAGUACAUAGGCCUUUGCUGAGGGGCCAGGCCAGCCCACUGCCUGUGAUGAAACCCCUGAGGUGUCACACCCCAACACCAUGUGCUAGGGAGACCCAGCCCAGGGGCAGAAAAUGGGGCCUGGAGAAUGCCCCCCCCGCCCCUCUGCCUCCUUGGCCCCCACAUUUCCACAAACAUAAAUAUAUAUGGAUAGAUUGCUAGGUAGGUAAACACAUACCCACACACAGUCUGGAGACGGCAAAGUUCCCCAAAGUGUUGAGGUUUCCUGAAGGUCUGAGGAGCUGUCACCAAGUUCCCUACAGGCCCUUCUCCCUUCCCGCGUUGGCACACUCUGAAUGGGGCCCCCCUGGGACUGCGGGGAGAGGCGGUGGGGCCACCUGGAGGAGGCCAGCUCUGCCCCAGAGCAGGGACCUUGCUGCUGACCAGAAGAGGACCAGAGAGGGUCCCGCUCCCUCCCUGCUGGACAUGCCACCUCUGGGCCACUUGGUACCACGUUCGUUCUGGAACUGGGUGCGAGGCCAGGGCCAGAUGCCAGCACUGACCAGACCUCCAGCCACUCUGCUCUUCAAACAGCUUCAAAAUAUGCAGCAGAAGCCCACACAACAAUGUGAGUGGCACGAUUCAUCCCAGCCGGCCAGCUGGGUUCUAGCUUCUCUCCUCCCGUCGGAUGUUUUAUAAAGCAAACCUGGUUUUUCUUCUCUGACAUCAUUUUUUCUUGUUGUUUGUUUGUUUUUGGCCAAACCUCGUGGUGGUUUGCAGAAAAACAAUUUCAAAUGCAGUUGAGUAUUCUUUUUUAAAAUGCAGAUUUUCAAAACCUAUUUUUGUCCAGGUGGUCCUUUUCGUGUCUGGCUUGCUGAGUGUCACAGUUGUUCUCUGGACAAUUCUGUCCUUGCUCCCGAGCCGCGGGGGCGACGGCCGCCCUGUGGCAGCCUCGCAGGGCAGCGUUGUACAUACGCCUGUGCAGCGUCCUGUUACUGGUGCGGUUUCUGCUUCAUUUUUAUUUCAGAAAAUAAAUGUGAUGUAUUUAAAGAAGGUUCUUCACCUAGGAGCGAAUGAACAAUAGCGAAGUGUCUUGGGAUUGGAAGAGGAAGUUAUCUGUGGCUGUGCCGGGAGGCGAGAGCGGCUGGGACUCCUGUGAAGGCUCAGCCCGCCCUGCAGCCUGAGGGAGGCCCUGCUGGACCGCACUCUGCGUUCUGCCCCAGGGCCCGCGGCACCUGCCCCCUGAAAGGACCUUGGCGAGGAGUGUGUGUAAAUACGAGUCCCGCUGCCGCCCCGAAGGAAGGCAGCGCCAGAGACCUUGCAAAUCUCUCUUCGCCUUCUCGGUGCCCCUGUGUCCAAGGUCAGGGCGCAGAAUCACAGCCAAGGACUUGAAGAGAUGUACAGAGGGAAGAGGAGCUGGUAUGGUAUGAAAGUCAAAGAUUGUCUACUUUAAGAAAAUAAAAUAUCCUGAAUG